AUGCUUGUUGGAAAGCCAGAUUUGUUAGAAAAUAAUUUAAAUGAUUUAUCAAAUGAAACAUUAGAAUCUUUAGUAUCAAUAUGUAAAGAAGAUCACCUAUCAAAUGAAGAUCUUAAACAUGGUUUAAUGAAUUGUGAUACUAUAAUGAAAUCUCGUGCCAAUAUAAUUGUACAUUCAGAGAACCAUUAUUUUUCUAAAUUUGAUAUUUUUAACCAAUGUUUACGUUAUGGAAGAUUUUCAUAUAAAAAUGAUGUACAACCAUAUCCUAUUCCUCAUCUAACAGAGGAAACUCUUAAUGAGUGGCUUUUUCAUGAAAAAAUUGAUGAACCAUUUAAUUAUAAAUUUGGUUGUAAAAAAAAAUUAGAUUUUGGUAUUUAUGUACCACAUGAUUUUAUUAUAAAAAAACCAAAUUAUUCAGCAAAAGAUAUUGCUUAUUAUGCUGUUGGGUUGAGUCUUCAUUUUGAUGGUUGCCUUCAAACUGAUGUUUUGAUGAAUAAAAUGAGAGAAUUUAUUAGUCGUUUUUCAAAAACGCCAAAAUUACGAUUUUUAUCUAUAUUUGUUACCAAUGAAUGUUUUGAUUCUGAUAUGUUAGGUGUAAGAUUCAAAGUUUUAUUAAGUCUAUUUCCAAUUCAUAUAAAAUUUUUUAAUUUUCAUGUUAAUAGUAGAAAUGACUAUAAUUCUUUACUUACUUUUGCCUGUGAAGAAUUAAAUCAUAUUGAAGGAUUAAUUCUUCAUACUGAUAAUUAUAUUGAUGACAUAGGUUUUAGUUAUCAUACUGUUAAAAGCUUAAAAAGAUUACGAUUUUUAUCUGUUAUUGGAUUUAUGCAUUGUUAUGAAUUUAUAUCAAAAAUUCAUAAACUUCCACAUCUUGAAUGUUUAUAUAUACCAUUAGUUAUUGCUCCACAUAUUUGUGCUAUUUGUCAAUCAGUUUUUCCCAAAUCAAAGUGGUAUGGUGCACCAAUAACAAAAGAUAAUAUUGCUGCUAUUGGUCUUGGAAUAUUUGUAUCAUCUGUUAAAUGUAUAAUUGGAUACAUAAAAAAUGGAUAUUCUAUUGAUUCUGGUAUCCUUUGUAUUAGAAAUUUAGCAAAUAUGGAAAGGUAUUUUGUUAAUUUAUGUAAAAAAACAGAAUAUGAAAAAGAAGUAGAAGUAAAAUGGUGUGAUAAAUGUAUGAUUGCUCUUUAA